GAGUACAAAGAAGCAAUCUACCUUAUUCUAUACAUUAUAAAGAAGCUUCAACAACAGGUCUCCUAGUUACAGCAUUUGAAGCGUAUUGCCAUCUUCUUCUUCUCAGACAGACAGCUUUCUUCACACAUAACAUUCAGGAUAUCUCAUCCGAUACUGCAUUACUACUGGUAUCUUCUCUUUAUUCCUCUCUGCAGGUAGAGAGAGAUCGUUGAUAUUACACCCAACUUUACAGCUACCGACCAGAGACAACUACUUCAUUUUCUGCAGCACACCAAUCUUAGUUCUCAUCUUGGUCUGUAUAGGUGAAAAUGAGCUCUUCUUCUUCUCAAGGAGUUAUGCAACUUGAUCAGUUUAGUGAUCAACUCGCGGAUCAACUUCAAUUGGUUGCCAUAGCUGCAAUUGCAAACAUGCCAGUGCCAUCUAUCUCCUCAAAUUCUUCAGAGGAUAAUUUGUUGGAGACUUUUGGGUCCAAUCUGUCAGAGGUUGUACAAGAUCCACAAGUUGAGUUCAUUACAGCCCAAAAUAAUACGGCACUGUCAACAAUUUCUAGCACAUUUCCAAAUUUUCAGAAUCUUUCUUUGGAGCUACGCACAAUGAUCUGGAAAUUAAAUUUACCCGGAGCCCGAAUCAUUGAUGUCAUUUACGACAAAGACCAGGACAAGUACUUCUCGUUCCAUUCUAAACCACCUUCUCUAUUGCACAUAAACAAAGAAGCCAGAUCGUUUGCGCAGAAGGUUUACAAUUUGAGCUUUCCAACACAAUCCCACCCGGCGAAUAUCUACAUCAGAUAUGACAUUGAUGUUAUCUACUUCUCCAACUGGCUUACGGGCUAUAAAUAUGAGGAGAACGGUUGGUUCGAACAUGUCGAUAUUGGUCCGCUUGGUAAGAUGGGACUAGGAAGACAGGAUUUGAAGUCAAUUACACGAGUAGCUGUCAACUCAAUCUAUUUUGAUGUGCCCCAAAGAUAUUCGGCCAACAGUAUGGAGUAUUUCUGUCACUCUACAUCAAAUAUACUCGCCAGAUUCAGUUCCUUGAAGAGACUAUACGUGGUCGUUGAAGAUAUCAACCCCUAUCAGAAAGGGGAUAUUACAUUUCACAAUAUUCCUGCCAAUAUCCGCCUUCACCCUUCAAAUUUCUGUGCCUUCUGCGGGGCUCUCAAAAUUGUCAGAGGUUUUACAGAUAUGAAGUGGGAUCUGACUUGUACUUGGAAAGUCCCUUCCGUUUCAGUCGUGGGAGCGGCUCGUAAUGGUAAACUAUCACAUAUGGGCCAGUAUCAACGUUGCGAUUGUAACAAUUCUCGAAUACCAGGUGUGACUUAUCAACAUCCCCCCUGCGAGGAGUACCAUCCAAAGCCAGCUAAGCCCGCUGGUCAAGUUGAUGACGUCGAUGCCGAUGAUUUUACAUCUAAGUUUGACAAAGAUGAUUUGCCGGAAGAAGAAUGGGGUCUUGCUGAAAAUGAGCUGGGUGAAUUGAUCUCAGAAGAAGAGUCCUAUCAUACAUUUGUUGUUGAGUAUUGUGAGGGAGAGUAUGGAGUUAAUCAUGAGAAGUGGCUUGGCAUCGACUACAUGUUGAGCCGGCCUUUCUUGUGAGUUUUUAUCUACCCUAGAGUUCUUGGAAACACCAAGAUAUCUGAGGUUGGAUAUGAAAAGAAGGGGGCUAUAGUACAUUACCAACGUCUUCCUGGCGUAUACCAAAAUGUCACACGCCGACAAUUUGGUGACCAUUUCUUUUUUUUUUGUUUUCCCUUGUUCUCUUCGCUUUGUCUCCAGGAAAUAGUAUUGAGGGUUAGUUGAUUACAGUAUGAAUGAUAAUCUGACAGGAGCGGAUUCCACAAGUUAUCCGAUUCCAGAUCAGAUGUUAGGAUGAAUUAUGAUGUAUCAAGGUUACCGUUGAUAUGUCGAUGGGGUAUCAGUUGAAAGAAGUAGUUUUCAUAUCUUCAUUCGUCUUUUACAGUUAUUCAAGGCCAACAUAAAGAUAAGAGUGUCUAAAUCUGUACUUUAGCUUCGUUAGGAUGACCUAAUGAGAUAAUAGAAACGUUCUAUACCA